GUUCCGGUUGGCCGGACCCCAGCGGCGGGUGUGAGAGGCGGUCUCGAGCCGCUUGCAGGAUCCUGAGAUCCGGAGAAGCCGGGGUCAGAGCGGCUCCUCAAGAGUUAUUGAUCUAUGAAAUGGCAGAGAAUGGAAAAAAUUGUGACCAGAGACGUGUAGCAAUGAACAAGGAACAAUAUAAUGGAAGCUUCACAGACCCCUCUUCAAUGAAUGAAAAGAAGAGGAGGGAUCGGGAAGAAAGGCAGAAUAUUGUCCUAUGGAGACAGCCACUCAUUACCUUGCAGUAUUUUUCUCUGGAAAUCCUAGUAAUCUUGAAGGAAUGGACCUCAAAAUUAUGGCAUCGUCAAAGCAUUGUGGUGUCUUUUUUACUGCUGCUUGCUGUACUUAUAGCUACGUAUUAUGUUGAAGGAGCACAUCAACAGUAUGUGCAACGUAUAGAGAAACAAUUUCUUUUGUAUGCCUACUGGAUAGGCUUAGGAAUUUUGUCUUCUGUUGGGCUUGGAACAGGGCUGCACACCUUCCUCCUUUAUCUGGGUCCACAUAUAGCUUCAGUUACAUUAGCUGCUUAUGAAUGCAAUUCAGUUAAUUUCCCUGAACCACCCUAUCCUGAUCAGAUUAUUUGUCCAGAAGAAGAGGGCACUGAAGGAACCAUUUCUUUGUGGAGCAUCAUCUCAAAAGUUAGGAUUGAGGCCUGCAUGUGGGGCAUCGGUACAGCAAUUGGAGAGCUGCCUCCAUAUUUCAUGGCCAGGGCAGCUCGCCUUUCAGGUGCCGAACCAGAUGAUGAAGAAUAUCAGGAAUUCGAAGAAAUGCUGGAACACGCAGAGACUGCACAAGACUUUGCUUCCCGGGCUAAACUGGCAGUUCAAAACCUAGUACAGAAAGUUGGAUUUUUUGGAAUUUUGGCCUGUGCUUCAAUUCCAAAUCCUCUAUUUGAUCUGGCUGGAAUAACAUGUGGACACUUUCUUGUACCUUUUUGGACUUUCUUUGGUGCAACUCUGAUUGGAAAAGCAAUAAUUAAGAUGCAUAUCCAGAAAAUCUUCGUUAUAAUAACAUUCAGCAAACACAUAGUGGAGCAGAUGGUGGCUUUCAUUGGUGCUGUCCCCGGCGUAGGUCCAUCUCUGCAGAAGCCAUUCCAGGAGUACCUGGAGGCCCAGCGGCAGAAGCUUCACCACAAAAGUGAAAUGGGCACACCACAGGGAGAAAACUGGUUAUCCUGGCUGUUUGAGAAGUUGGUGGUUGUAAUGGUGUGCUACUUCAUCCUGUCCAUCAUUAACUCCAUGGCACAAAGUUAUGCCAAACGAAUGCAGCAGCGGUUGAACUCAGAAGAGAAAACUAAAUAAGCAGGAAAAGGUUUUAUUGGCAGAAGUUAGAAUGGAUGGGUUCUGCCUUAAAUUGGGAGGACUCCAAACCAGGAAGGAAAAUUCCCUUUUCCAACCUCUAUCAAUUUUAAUUUUUUUUCCCCUGAAAGCAGUUUAGUCCAUAUUUUGCACUGACAUACUUUUCCUUUAUGUGUUAAGGUAAGGUAUCCACCCUCAAUUCAAUCCAGCUUGUAUUUUAUUAGGGUGGAAUGUGAUGUUCAGCAGCAAACUUAACAGAAACUGUCCUUUUCUUUGUUACCUUCAAAAGGCCCACGUGGCACAGUUAAAGAAUCCCGGGCACCAAAAAAAAAGUUCCUAAGUAUGUUGAAUAGUCAAGCCAUUUAGGCUUGUCAGAAAAUGACUCCUUUGUUUUUCUAAGUCAUUAAAAUGUAUAUAAAUUAUACUAGAUUGGAUGACAGUCUUGCAUGUCUAUCAUGGUAAAAUUUAAUAUGCUAUCCUGCCCACCCCUUCCUCUUCUACCUUUAAAAAAAAAAGGCCAUUUUAUGAUGCGUUGCACACCCUCUUGGGAAACUGAUCUUUAAAUUUUGAGACAGUAUAAGAAAAUUCUGGUUGGUGUCUCACGAAUGAGCUGACACCAUUUUUUAUUCUGUAUAUUUAGAAUGAAGUCAUGAACAAACUUUAUAAAGACAUCUUUGAUCAUUCCAAAAUUGUGUCCGUUUUCUUGAGCGUUUUGAUUUUUUUGCUUCAUUUUAGCUACUACCACCUACUGGUCAGCCUUGCCGAAUCCGCCCACAACCAUAAUUUCUUAAGCCUUCAUGUAUUCGCACAUAAGAGCCAUAACCAAGGUACUUUUUUGUCUGGCUGGAAAGGCUGGAAUUGGGCAGCUCGCUACCCAUUGCUGAAAGGGCAGCUUAGGGAUUUGCAUAGCGAGGGGUUUGUGAAAACAGGAAUGAAAGUAUACAAAUUACAGGGCAGUGAAGAGAGAAUAACUUUUGUUUGUUUAAGAAAAAACCCACUUUCUUAUAUCUGUGUUAAUUUUAGCUCAGAAUGUACUCUGGUUUUGACAAAUUUACUUUUUUAUGUAACCUAAUUUUCUUGCCUUUUUUCAAUAAGUGUUGCGUUCUUUUGGGAUGUGUCUGGUUGAACUUGGUCACUUUGUUUUGCUUGGGAAGAAAAUAAACAGUUUCUCUUUUUUCUUUA